AUGAUCAUGAAGCCGAACCUUAUGACCCAACUGUAUCAACUGAUGCGCAAAAGUAUGACGACCUCAUCGAACGAAUUGGACGUGAACUGGCUUCUAAGUUUGUCAGUGGAAUCCAUAGAUAUGUCAGCCGAAUUAUUGUGCCUGGUGGAGUUGGCGGAGUUCAGAAAUGUUUGUUUGAGCUGGACCGACUUAUUGAAAUGUACCCCCCCUCCCACUUCUACAUCAUCUCUGAACACGGCGACCAUGUCCACGUCAGCCACGUAUGCGGCUACUCCGGCGGAUCUUGUAGGUGCUCCUUCCUCGUUCGAGGAACAUAUUGGAGCAAGUACGGCCGACGUGGACUUCGUCGGAUUUCUCGAAGCGUCGGCUUCCAACCAAGGGAUUAUGGAAACAUAUUGCGAUACCUAUACCUAUACCUAA